UUGAAUCUCCCGCCCACUUCUUGCCUAGAACCCGCUUGCGCCGGUUCUUUCACAUCGCAAUCCAACGCUCCACGAGCUUGAUAGCACUGGAUUCCCACAAUCGCCCACUCGCAUUCUUGUCAUUCAUUCAAUCACCUUCAGCCUUCGUAUCUCACUCCCAACAUGCAGAACGAAACUAUCAUCAACGACCCUUCCUAUUCACCAACGGCGGAAGCAUUGGGAGGGAUCGAAUUGCCGCGUCACGACGUUCUCGUAACCGCUAUAGGCAACGUCAAUGAACUGCUUCAAAUCCACAAUGCGGACAUGACGACCGAAACCGACGCUGUUCAGGAACUGCUUGACGACGGCGACAUCAUGAUCAACAUCGGCCCGUUUCUCCAGCGCACGGAAUUCGAUACGAGGGAGCGCGAAAGCAACAUGAAGUCAAUCGAAAAAACUCUCAGCACUAUCAGGGGCCACUACGAUAGGUUUUGCGAUGUAUAUGCGGCUGGGGACACCACCGAAACAAUGCUCGAAGAGGUUGAGAAAGUCUUCCCCCAAACCAAACGCCGGUCUCAUCUGCAUUAUCGCCUCUCCACGUUCGCACACAACUGCAACGAAAGUAUACUGAAGGAGCUCGAGCUCCAACCAGAGCUGACACCGGCGGAGAUACUGGAAUGGACCAAGCGUGUCAAUGAAGCUCAGCGUUGCCUUUGGAACUUGAUCAAGAAACCAGACGGAACAGAGCACCCGGAAAACUGCCUCCUUACAAGUUGCCCGUACCACCAUGAGGACGACAAUGAGUUGGUCCCGCGAGUGGCGGCUUACUUCGAAAUCAAGCUCGAUGAGGCGUUGAGUAGACUUCUCACGGCCGGGAUGGUGUCGAACAACAACAAUACUUCGUCCCUCAAAAGUGCGUCUACAUCGUUGAUCCCCAUCCCGACGAAACGAUCCACCACAAAAUUCGAUGACCGACACUCGCCGCGCUCGUCAAUCUCGUCCACGAAGUCCGUCAUUCCACUUGCCGUGAGGAACUCGAAAACCCAACACGAGAGGAACCCGUUCGCGCUUCACUCGCAACGGUCAUCCAUUUCGUUCAUAAACUCGCAGAUUCCGGUGCCCGUACGGAAAUCAAAAGCAACGCAAGAAGCGGAUCCGUCGGCCCCACGGUCCCAGCGGUCUUCCAUCUCCUCCGCGACGUCAAGCAUACCCAUUCCCGUGAGGAUGAGGAGAGCCACUAUCGAACGGGAAACGGACAUCAGUACCUCGACAUCCCUCCGAUCAUCCUUUUCCUCGACCACAAACACAUCAUCCUCAUAUCGCAAGCAUCAAGGACGAAAAUCGUCACUCGACAAUCGGCCGCCAUUCCAAUGGGUGUCGUCACGAUCAAGCCUCUGCGGAGCAUCGAGCUUAGAUCGUGGUUCGAUGCAACAUUCUACGUGGUGCCGCAUGCCCAGCACCACCCCGAAACGGACAUCUUUUUCCUCCACAAGCAUCCCCUCGCCAACCCGCAAUGACCAACCAAGGGAGUCGUCUGUCGACUCCCGCCCACCCUUCCUUUGGGUUUCUUCACGUUCAAACUUGUGCGGACCAUCAAGCUUUGACCGCGGCAGUAUGCAACACUUCACUUGGGGUAACGAGCCGAGCAUCACGCGCAAGCGAGCCUACAGUUUCUCGUCCUCCGCGUCAAUCCCCAGCGAUGCGUCACUUCCUGCUCUCCCCAUCGCAACAGUCCAGUUCAACGGCAACGCCUACGUCGCUGACCCACGGGACGCUCUAGAUGUCGCCGUCGGCAUCCUCGUGAACCAACACGAUAGCCCCGUUGUCAUGUACCGGCACGCGGACGAAGAUGGUUGCUACGUAAUCGGAGACGCGGCCAAGCGGGUGAUUCUGUGCCGGUUGACAAAUAAGACGGUGAUGGUACGGGUUGGAGGUGGUUGGGAGGUACAAGUUGCGCUUUGCUUACAUCUCUGCUUUUGAUGCAUUCGCCUAACGCAAACCUCUUUCCUUCGCAAACAGCCCCUCAAGAGAUUCCUCAUGAACAACUGAAAUAGAAGAUACGUGUACGGGAUGCAUAUACGAGUGCAAGAGAAAACAACCCGGGACACAUCAUGACGGUUCGAGGCUGUGGUUUACCAUCACAGUCCACAAAACGGCCGAGACCAACAUGGUCAUUCACCCGUUGCCGCACCAUCGAAGGUAAGCCCUCUGUGCACCCUAUCUGUCGUUAUGGUAGAAUGUUUUC